AUGAUGGACCUUGAAGGUCUUCAGAGUCUUACACCAAAUGAAGAUACCGCUUGUGAUCUUGGAUCGGACGAGAAUCUGACCAAGGCAAACACCACUAGUGCCUCGACAAAAGCAUUAAAAUUCUUUGAUAACAAUUGGUAUAUCUCUGCGAACACGCAUUCGAGACGAAUGGACCUCAUUGGUGACUACGGAGGAAAAGAAUUCUUUGUAAUUGAAGGGGACUCGCUUCUAUCAAUAAUCUUGGACGACUCACAACUAGCACUAGGACGCGAUGAUCCUUCAUUCCAAGUUCUCCACGCGUACUUUCUCUUAGAGAAAUUAAUCUACGAGUUCCAGUCACGGGACUCGAAUUUUUCCGUCGUUUUCUUUGAAGAAAAUCAACAUUUUUCCGUCAAAACGAGUCGAUCGAGAUUUCAGAAUGCCUCCCGAUUACUUGCACGAAAGAUGAUGUUUGAACAUCUACACAAACCGGACCUUGGUCUGGAUGUCAAAGUCUUUCAGAAUCCUGGCGAUCCGGAAUGGAGGGCGUUUUGUGCUCACUCUCGGCCGAUGUUCAUCAUGGUUCAUGAUGGAGGGAGUGGUAGUACUUCAGGAGAGCUCGACUCCGCAAGGCGAAUCAUUGCGAGACGUUUUCUCUUUGACAUCUCUAGGUCUGGACUUGCGUUUGCCCUGAUCAAUGGUGCCGAGUAUCGAGACUCAUCGAUUAUCACCUUUGUCUUUGAAAGUAGGAUUUCUGUGCAAGCAUUGACCCUACCGUCUUCUGUCGAGGGUGCCUGUCUGUCUGCCAGCAAGUCUCUAGACAAGGCUCUUGGUUUACCCCAAAACCUUCCAUUGAUGUUUGACAGGAAACCCUCCGUCGGCGCUUCUUUGGGAUCCCUGAUUCGUAGCGAUUUGAAGGACUCGCUUCCAGAAGAGUUAUUUCUCUUCCUUCUUCAUUCCAUCCUUCUUCCUUCCAUUCCCGUUUCCUCACGGGCCCGACGACUUCCCUCAUUAAACACGGAUCUGACGAAAAGUUUGAUCACCGUUACUUUGCCAUCAAUCUAUGGACUGCUGGCGUCAUCAUCUGGGCGUUCCCCCGAUAUCGAUGGGCGCGUUUUUAUGGAGCUGAUACGUUUUUUUGUAAACGGAAAAGGAUCCCUCCGGUCCUUUCCUACCCAUGUUGUCAAGCAAGCUCAAGAGAUUUGGGACUCUAACCAUGGACCCCCUCUCAACUUCCCUUCCUUUGUCAAGGUAUAUCAAAAUCCUAAUGUAAACGGCGGUCACCAAAGACAGAGGAACCGACCUACGCAUGCACUGCUUCCCUUCGAGAAUAAGGUAUUCGACGUCGCCUUAACAUCGGUCAAGGUUCGCCAAUCCGAUAUCGAUAAACGGCUGGUUUCCAUUUUUGGCGAUGAUGUCUUGGUCAUAGAUACUCAGCAUUGGCAUAACAGAAGCAAGUCUAUCUUGCCUUCGUAUUUGGGUGGAAAGACGAGUCAGCCCGCUGAUGGAUGGGAAAGAAGUCGGUGGCUGAGAAGAGAGCAACGAGCACAAGCUACUCUCCAGCAGCAGGCUGCUUCACUUACCGGGGCAUCAGGAAAAAUGCUGCAGAAGGUCAUCAUUCCAUCCGUUGGGAUUAACCAUCCCCGCGAGUCGAAGCGUGAUGGUGUCGCUGGCACCAACGCGAAGCUGCACGACAAGACCAAAAAAGGUUCGGGUGCCGACAAAGUUCGCGCCAAAAUACAAGCGGAGAAGACGAAAAAACUCGAAUGCGAGGCAAGCGACUGGUUAGCUAGCAAGCUUCGCGGGCUCCACAAGGAUACCUUCGACGAGCAGUUGGCGAAGUUGGAGGACAUCAAACGUAGUCACAACGCGAAUGCGACUUUCCCUCCGAUUGCGGUACAGCUGCGGGUGUACGAGGUGAACCUUCGUCUCAAGCAGUGGGCAGGCUUAGGGCGAGAAGUGAGGGAUCAAUUCAUUGUCUUGAUACUUCGGCUAUUGCAGGAGAUCAAUGCUCUUGAUGCUCCGGUAUCUGGGGAUUGCUCCAAGUUCCUCAGUGACGUUUGCUCUACUCUGGGGUUUUCGGCAUGUUAUGAAGCCUUGAUACCUCAGAUAGACAAGGAGCGACCGACUCUACCCUUUAAACCUAUCAAGCUCUUGCAUAAACGAGAUGGAGACUUGGUUCAUCCUUUCAUGAAAAUCGAGGUUCCCCAUUACGAGUGGCAGCUCGAACAUUUUGGUGAUUUCAUGGACCGUUCGGUGGAUGGUGCUCCCGACACUAGAGUCUCCUUCACACCCGAUGGAUGGCAGAGGAAAAUAUUAGAUGCCAUUGACAAUCACGAAUCUAUCUUGGCACUGGCUCCUACAAGUGCGGGGAAAACGUUCAUAUCCUUCUAUGCGAUGGAAAAAGUUCUACGCGAAUCUGAUAGGGGCGUUGUUGUCUACGUCGCCCCGACCAAAGCAUUGGUAAACCAAAUCGCUGCAGAGGUUUACGGUCGUUUUAGCAAGAAUUACAAAGGCAAUGAAACAUUACUUGCUGUUCAUACACGAGACACUCGAUCUGGAGACAUUCAACGAGCGCAAAUCUUGGUGACGGUGCCCGAAAUGUUCGGAAUUCUUCUUCUUUCACCGACUUUGGCGGCAAACUGGACGGGACGUAUAAAAAGGAUCAUUUUGGAUGAGAUUCAUUCUAUUGGUCAAGAUGAGGGCGGUACUGUUUGGGAACAAAUCAUCCUUAUGGCACCGUGCCCAAUCAUAGGUCUAUCAGCCACUGUCGGCUCCCCUGAAAAGUUCAAUACUUGGCUGGAAUCCGUUCAGGUAUCGCGUCAACUUGGCCACACCUAUGUCCACCAUCCGCACCGCUACAGUCAUCUUCGUAAAUAUUUCUAUAACCCUCCGAAGUCGCGGUACGUCUUUAGGGGACUCGAAGAUCACACCGACUCGCAGGGUAUGUGGUUCAUACAUCCUUUAUCUCUCCUCGACGUCCAUUCAACGUCUAUGCCUUCUGAUCUGGCUCUGGAGGCCAGGGACUGUUUAACGCUUUACAAAGCCCUCAAGUCUCGUUCUUUGGUCCCUGAAGCCUUGGAACCUCACAAAUUCUUUUCCACCGUCAAGGGGCUCAUUUCGCAGAGAGAUGUACUCCGAUACGAGAAGGGGCUGAAGAACAUCUUAUCUGAUAUAAUUAGACAAGAACGAAAAACCGACGACGACGAUUUCACCACGGUGAUUUCAACAUUGGGAAAUCCAAAAUUGAAUAAGAGCGAAGCGGACCGUGGCAUGAAUAAAAGGCAAUUCAAAGACAAUUUUCUGGUGCUCGUAUGUGAUCUUCACGCUCAAGAUAACCUGCCCGCAAUUUUCUUCUCCUUUGACCGGACGGAAUGUGAAGACAUGGCACGGUCUUUGACCAACGCCCUCACUGAAGCGGAGAAACAAUGGCGGGAGACUAGUCCUCAAUGGGAAGCUAAACUCACGCAGGUGGAGAAAUGGAGGGAACAGGACAAGGCACGACGACGACAACGUGAGCGUGAAGCGAAGCAAAAGCAGGAUAAGGAUACUGUACGGGAUGAUUCGUCUUCCACAAGUUGGGAAGCUUCGUUCGAUGAAAGCGAUCCUUCGCCCGACUUUUCAUUCGCUGGACGCUUUACCGGCACGAAGCAAGAUUUGAAACAACUCUUUUGGAGGUUGAAAAAGUGGGGAAAGACGCCAAACUGGGCGUUGAAUGCGCUGAAGAGAGGUAUUGCCGUGCAUCAUGCUGGAAUGUCCAAGAUGUAUAGGACAACAAUAGAGAGCCUCUUCCGUCAAGGAUUCAUUAGUGCCAUUCUUAUAGGCACUCUCGCUCUUGGUAUCAAUGCACCAGCCAAGACGUCCGUCUUUAUUGGCGAUUCCCCCUUUUUGACAGCGUUGAUGUAUCGACAAUGCGCCGGACGAGCGGGUCGACGUGGUUUCGACCUUCGCGGUAACGUUGUAUUCUACGGAAUUCCAUAUUCCCGUGUGCAGCGUUUGGUCCUUUCUCAGCUUCCGGACCUUGGUGACUCAUUCCCACUCACCACGACUCUCAUUCUUCGAUUCUUCAAUCUCUUGGUAGGCUCCGGCAACGCCGAAUUCUCUGUAAAUUGCAUCAAGAGCAUUUUAAACCUUCCUCGAAUCAGCCAUCGUUCGGAGUUCGGCCAGGACCAGCUUCUCCAUCACGUCCGAUUCAGUAUAGAGUACUUGAGAUCUAGUGGACUCUUGAAUAGAGAGGGCCAGCCAACGAAUCUAUUUGGGAUGGCGUCACAUCUUUAUUAUACCGAACCCAGCAAUUUCGCCUUGGUGCAUCUUUUUGAAAGCGGUAUUAUCCACAACAUCUGCUCCGGUUCAGAAGUUGAAGCCGAAUCUGAAUUACUGCUCCUCCUUGCUCAUCUAUUCGGCAGGGUCUAUAUUGCACCGAACGCAGCUCAACCAGAGGCCAUAGCCAGGCUUCGAAAGAUUUAUCCCUCCCAUAUCAUCCUCCCGAACCUUCCGGUUCGCGUUGGCGAACAACUCCGAAAACAUGACCAGAAAAUAUUGGAAAUCUUCUCCGGUUACGCAGUUUCCUAUGCCAAUGAGCAUAUGCAGUCUACCAUUGACAAUGCUCUGCCCUUGAGUGGCGUAUAUGCUUUCGAUCACCAGUUGAAGUCCAAUCCUUUCCUCGAUCAUCUUGCUCAGACCUCCCUUCAGCCCGUCGCUCGUUCUAUCUUUGCUGCCAACUCGGGCCUCGAUGACAACUUUAGAAGCGUGAAAGACCUGGUUCAUACGGUUCGAAAAGGGAUCCAUCUACACGAACACGCAAUCCCCUCGAUGAUGCAUCUCGUUGCACACAGUGACGCUGAGUCUGCAGAGAUUCCGGAGCAUCAGCUCAAUGGAUAUCUCGUCGAUUUUUAUAGCCAUGGUCAGGUUAGUACUUUAGCAGCAGCAAAUGGCAUCCGGAGAGGCGAUGUGUGGUACCUGCUCGAAAACUUUGACUUGGUUCUCAGGACGAUCAAAGCGAGUUUGCAAGAGCUUUUGUUGCAGCUUUCGGUGGCUAGAAAUAAAAAUUCCGAUGACGGAUCUUUGCAAGAUGGAUACGAGGGGGAGGAAGGCACCGACAGCGAUGAUGAUGAAGGGGAGAUGGUAGGAUUCAAACGACCGCCCGGCACUGCAGAGAGAGAUUGGAGGGUUUAUAAGGUUGUUGAACGAAUUUUUGAUACGUUCACGAAAAGGUUCCGUGACAUGUGGGCGUAG